AUGAGUCAUGCAAUGGCAGAUGUAAUUGUUAGCCAGCAAAUGGAGAUCGUGAAUCCCAUGUCGCCCAAUGCGGCCAAAUGCUCCUGCAACUGCCAUCGUGCCCAAAUCGUGUCACCGGACUCUCAGCAAAUCAAAAUGGUCUGUGAAAACUGCAGCAUCCGCCACAACAUCGACCGUAGCAUAAACGACGUGAAUGUGCGUGGACUCGAAGUCACCGACCUGGGUCAGCUCUGCCAGCUACUCAGCCAACUGUCCACAGUUGGAGACGUCUCUCACGAGUCCCUGAUGGAAUUCUAUAAGUGUGUCAAAGCGAGUGACAGACACAUUGUUGCUGUGAUUGAAAACAUGGACAAUCAGAUCAUCGGCACCGCGACUCUUCUUGUCGAGCCCAAGCUCUUACACCAGGGAAGCUUUGUGGGCCAUAUCGAGGACGUGGUCAUUGACAAAAAGUAUCGCGGCCUCGGGCUGGGCAAGCUCCUAAUCACCCAUCUGGUCCUGAAGGCGCACCGUGCAAAUUGCUAUAAAGUGAUUCUAGACUGCAGCGACGAGAACGUCGGGUUCUAUGAAAAGUGCGGCUUAGAGCAUCACGGAAACUGCAUGGCCAUUUACUUCCAUUAA